AUGUUCCUAGCACCACAAUCUAAAACGCCCGUAUCGGGCAGGGCGUGGGGCCUCCAACUCAACUACAGCUGUUCCAUCGUCAAGGAUGUCUCCGAGUUUACGAUUCUAAGCGAAAGAUCUGCCGCGACAUUCAAAUCUUAUUCAUCUUCCGGGGACUUUUGGUCCACCCGGAAACCCAAUGUGGUUCUUGACACGCCGCGAGGCGCCGAGAUAACACUUUUCAGUAGCGGCACGGAUUCGUCGGAGCAUAACAUCUGGUCCUAUUCCGAGAUAGGAAUCAAGCUUGGAGACCCUAGGUCUCUAUUUCUUGACGUAUACGAUCAUCCGCAGGCCGACCCCCUGUGGGGGACAUCGCAGACCCUAUUGGUGUACGCUGCACCUGAUUUUGACGAUCGCAACAUUAGUCCCGCGGAGCGAUAUUCUCGGCGGAAGAUGGAACCGUACCAUCAGAACGGCCACGAGCAACCCGAGCACACACCUCGACUGCCAUCGCCACCGAAUCUGCGACCUUCUUCGCCUCCUGUGCCAUUUGAAGCGCCGUCACCGUCGUCGGAAGACACGAAUGUGACUGCAUUGAAUAACGAACCUCCCCCAACCCGGCCGCCCCUAGCGACCUUUGCCCCGCGCCUCUCGACCGUACCCUCCAACGCCUCACGGCCGACUUCUCUACAAACCGAGGAUGGCCGACAAAUACAACGCGUCCCCAGCAUCCGCCUUCGCCGCCUCCGUCAUAUUGCUUCGCCGAGUCCAUUGGGCGUGUCACAAGCGACGAGCGCCGGACUAGUGGACGAUGGCUCGCACGGGCGCCCACGAAGUGUCUCCGAACCUCGGCGGAAUAAUUGGGGGACAGGGGUCUUUCCUCCACCGCCACACGCCACCGAUCGUGCACCGAUUCCCUUGCCCCGCCUCACCGAAGAAGGCCGGCGACCGAGUCUUUCGGAGCUGGGCCAUACCUUGUCAUCGAACUCGUUUCCCAUUACGCAUCGACCGCAAGGACAGGAAGACAACGCGCAAGCAGGGACUAAUGCCCAAGAGCCCAUUCGGAGGCUUCGGGGCGCGAGGACCCUAAGCAAACUUUUCCACCCAGGCCAGAAUGCUGCUGUGCAGGGUCCUAGCAAGGCCCCAGCAGGCGGAAGAGAUGUUGAGGAGUACGAUGCCCGUCUUGUGGAUUGGCUCGAUGUUUUCGAUCCCGAGAUUCAAACAUUGUCAACCUUGACAAACGUCCAGAAUUCGCUCUUCGUUCCCGACCUUGGCGGUUUAAUCAAUCGACGGCCGACAUAUAUUCUCUCCGACUACGAGCGAGGGCUGCAAGCCAAAGGCGAUCGACGGCAAGGGCAAGAGCCCGUGGCGGAAGAAGAGGAGCAAGGGCCUGAGACAGGCCAGCGGCCAGCCGUCGAACGUGGGUUCGGCCAAUACGUUCGAACACCCCUGGGCUUCUUCGUCACGCUGUAUGCCGUCCUUAUCACGCUGUUUGGCUUGGCCUGGGUGCUCUUCCUCAUCGGCUGGAUUUACGUCGGCGACGAGCAAUUAUACGCCAUCCACGUCAUUGAUAGUGUCCUCGUCGCGCUCUUCGCCAUCGUCGGCGACGGCAUGGCGCCGCUUCGAGCCAUCGAUACGUAUCACCUGGUGUAUGUCGUUCGCUACAGUCGCAUCGUGAAGAAAAAGAACAAGCGUCAGGACCCUGAGACGGAGGCCAUAGCACAGCCCCUCGAACAAGGCGCAGAACGUACUUCUGAGCAAGGGGCCACCAUGGUCCAGGCACAAAAGUCGAUGAGCAACCUCCCUCAGAAUCCCGACAGCCCACCCACAAUGAUACCGCCGCCUCAGGACGAUCCUCAAGAUGAUUUGGAAAGUGGAAAGAUUUCCGAGGGUGGCAACAUGGACUACGAGCGGGAAGCACUGGCUCUCUCGCCCAAGCAGCUUCAUAGCCUUUGUCAUCACCAAAAGAAGCUGUCCAAGUCGCACAGCUUCUAUAAGUCCCAGGAGACAUCUACACAUUAUGCCUUCCCCUGA